AUGGCCUGCUGUCUGUGUGAGGACAGCACACCGCUGAAAGUGCUGUCUCUGGGUGCAGAUGUGUUGCCAGAGUACAAGCUCCAGGCUCCUCGCAUCCACAAGUGGACGGUGUUGCACUACAGCCCCUUCAAGGCGGUGUGGGACUGGCUCAUUCUGCUGCUGGUCAUCUACACCGCCAUCCUGACGCCCUACUCAGCCGCAUUCCUCCUCAAUGACCAGGAAGAGGUAGCCAUGCAGAGGUGUGGCUACUCCUGCUCUCCUCUCAACGUGGUGGACCUCAUAGUGGACAUCAUGUUCAUUAUCGACAUCCUCAUAAACUUCAGGACAACAUAUGUGAACUCUAACGAUGAAGUGGUGAGCCACCCGGUGCGCAUCGCCGUCCACUAUUUCAAAGGCUGGUUCCUCAUCGACAUGGUGGCUGCUAUUCCCUUUGACCUGCUCAUCUACCGCAACGGAGAGGAGACCACCACUCUGAUUGGUCUGCUGAAAACUGCUCGUCUGCUGCGGUUGGUGCGGGUGGCCAGGAAGUUGGACCGCUACUCGGAGUACGGCGCAGCUGUCCUCUUCCUUCUCAUGUGCACCUUCGCUCUCAUCGCUCACUGGCUGGCCUGCAUCUGGUACGCAAUCGGUAGCGUAGAGAGGAACGGUUCGAUAGGCUGGCUCCACACCCUGGGGGACCAGCUAGGAAAACAUUUCAACGAUUCUAUUCCAGGUUCAGGACCUUCCAUCAAAGACAAGUAUGUCACCGCUCUGUACUUCACCUUCAGCAGUCUGACCAGUGUGGGCUUUGGAAAUGUGUCCCCCAACACCAACUCUGAGAAGAUCUUCUCCAUUUGUGUCAUGCUCAUUGGAUCCCUGAUGUAUGCCAGUAUCUUUGGGAACGUGUCAGCCAUCAUCCAGAGGCUCUACUCGGGGACAGCCCGCUACCACACCCAGAUGCUGAGAGUCAGAGAGUUCAUCCGCUUCCACCAGAUCCCCAACCCGCUCCGGCAGAGGCUGGAGGAGUAUUUCCAGCACGCCUGGUCCUACACCAACGGGAUCGACAUGAAUGCUGUGCUGAAAGGUUUCCCUGAGUGUCUCCAGGCGGAUAUUUGCCUCCAUCUCAACCGGACGUUGCUGCAGAACUGUAAGGCUUUUAAAGGCUCCACCAAGGGCUGCCUCAGGGCGUUGGCCAUGAAGUUCAAGACCACCCACGCACCCCCGGGUGACACGCUGGUUCAUGCCGGGGACGUCCUCACUGCCCUCUACUUCAUAUCCAGGGGCUCCAUAGAGAUCCUGAGAGGAGACGUGGUGGUAGCCAUCUUGGGUAAGAACGACAUCUUUGGUGAGCCGAUCAACCUGUACUCCCGUCCAGGUAAAUCCAAUGCGGAUGUGAGAGCUCUAACUUACUGCGACCUCCAUAAAAUCUUCAGAGAGGAUGUUCUGGAGGUGCUCGACAUGUAUCCGGAGUUCGCAGACCACUUCUGGAACAACCUGGAAAUCACUUUCAACCUCAGAGACACCAACAUGAUCCCAGGCUCUCCCAGCAGUGAUGAGUCCAAAUGUGGGGGAUUCAACAAAUUACGGCGACGCAAGUUAUCAUUCCGAAGACGUACAGAAAAAGAUGAUGCAGAUGCAGGAGAAAUUAAGAAGUCCCAUAAGACUGUAAGGCGAAGACAGCGGGAGGCAGCCAGCAACCAGAAACAGGAGGAGGCAUCAAAGAGGCAGUGGGGGGCACAUCGGAGCUCAAUGUCUUCGCACUCCAGUGGGGACGAGGGGGAAGGGACAGUUGUGACCACUCUCGCACCCCCACCUGCAAUGCUGGAGAAUCUGCAGGCUCAAGCCACACCGCUGAGCUUCAGUGAGACCACCGACGGCGAUGGAGACCCCAAGACUGGGAACACUUGCAAUGCCCUGUCAGGGGCAUUCUCAGGUGUGUCCAACAUUUUUAGUUUCUGGGGGGAGAGCCGGGGGAGUGGUCAGUACCAGGAGGUUCCCAGCUGCAGCCUAGCCUCCCCCCCGCCCCUCAACACACCGCUGCACAGCCUGAGCCGACAGCAACGCAACCAGCUGGACACUCGCCUGGAUCUGCUGCAGAAACAGCUCAACAGGUUGGAGAGUCGCAUGUCAACAGACAUUGGAGUGAUCAUGCAGCUGCUGCAGCGGCAGAUGGCCCUGGUUCCUCCGGCCUACAGCGCCAUUUCAUCACCACCUCAGGCCUCGCCGUACCCUGGUCCCGGUCCAGGACCAGGUCCAGGAGAGCGAGUGGCUCAACCUGUUACACCUCUGGAGACGGACACUCUGACCUCCCUGUCACAGAUCUUGGAUUCCCAGGACUUUGAGGAGUUCCCAGCCAAGCCCCUUGACUCCCUGCAGCCCCAGGACUCCCCUCUGAUCAACACCAGCCACAGCCAGCCCGCCCCCUCCGGGCUGGACAGCCUGGGCCAGCAUCUGGAGCUGGAGCUGGGACUGGGCAGCGGGGUUGGGGUCAUUUCAGGGGCAGGAGCAGGGGCAGGUUCAGGUUUAGGUUUAGACUUAGGGAGCGGGGCAGUGGGCUCAAACAUAGGAGCAGGGUUAGACUUUGGUUCAGGGAUAUGUAUGGAGGCUGAGGUGGUGCCAGCUGCUGCAACAGGAGUGUCACCUUUGGAUCCUGAGACCCCAAGGAGGCUGUCCCUCCAAGAACCACAGACACCUCUGGACUCACGGACACCACAGAGACACAGCUCCGACCCUGGGGGGAGCUAA